AUGGACUAUAUCCGCUGCCUGUUAGCGUGCUGUGCUGGCUUGGCUGGCGAAACGAGCCCAGAGGCGGACGACAAGGGUCGGCUGGUGGCUGAGAAACCCAUCUACAAAGCAACAGAUUUGUUGGCGGACGAAGGAGCCAAUUAUCAGCAGGAUCUCUGGCAACGAGCACUUCAAGACAAACUUUUGCAGGCUCGGCAACGGCCAAUAACCCUCGACGUCGAGUUUUACGAUGUGUCGGCACCCGAAACAUUCCUGCAGGAUUUAACCGCCGAGUACAAUUCGAACGGGUUAUCCCAGUUCGUCCCUCGACUGAGGAGAACUUUCUUGGCCAUAGAACCUUUUGUCACCACCGUGAGCACAAUGACUACGUCUGGCAUGCUCACGUCUCUGAUCUGGGGAAGCCUGACGUUGAUCUUCCAAGGUGUACUCCAGUUCUCGAACCUCUUCGAUCAGACAAAUCAGAUGCUCUUGGAACUUUCCAAGGAAUUGCCACGAUUCCAAGCUUACGCUGAGAUUUUUCACACACCGCAGCUCCACCGGGCCUUGCGAGAGGUGUACGAUGGCUUCGUCGAUUUCUGCUUAAGAACCAUCGAAGUUCUACAGUCGAGCACAUGUUACGCAAUGUUACGGGUCAAGUGGUCGAGACUUGGCGCGGAAUUCGAGCGGACGAAAGAUUGGCUCAAAUCCGCAAGUACCGAGUUCGAAAAGGAGGCACGCCUGGCAGAUGUGCAAGAGCAGUUUAGAAGACACGCCGAGGUUCUUGCCAAGAUUGACUCGAUCUCGUCCUCUUCCAAUCUCCACGUGGAUCCUGUGACAAAUGUCCGCAUCCCCCGAAAUCACAGAUUCACAGGCCGGACGGCCAUCUUAGCACUUCUUCAUUCUGAACUCAGCCCCAGUUUUCAAGGAGAUAAUGUGUCUCUCCGAACUCGCUGCUCGUGCGUCAUCCAUGCCAUUGGAGGCAUGGGAAAGACCGAGACGACACUAGAGUACACAUAUCGGUACAGGCAUUGCUACACCCACAUCUUCUGGGUGCGAGCGCAGACAAACGCAUCGCUCCUUGAGUCCUUCCUGGAAGUCGUCGCUGAGCUCCGCCUUGUUGAGACGGCAGCAAGCCCGGACAAGAAGGUCCAAGCUGUCUUGAACUGGCUCCAGACAACGAUAAGCCCCUGGCUGUUAGUCUUUGACAACGCCGAGGCAUCAUCUACCAUACGGAAGUUCUUGCCUGCCGGAAACCGCGGCGCCAUCAUCAUAACGACACAGAACCCCCAGCUAUCCCACUGUACCAAGUCAGAGAUCCAUUUGGAAGCAAUGACUUCGGACGAGGGUAGUGCUCUCAUUCAGAGCUUCUUGAACCGAGGCGGAUCCGAGAAGAAAGCCGCCCAGGAGCUCUCAACAUCCCUCGGCGGUUUACCUUUGGCCAUUGCUCAUUUUGCUGGCUAUGUCGCGAGGUCGCAGUGUCCCCUCGAUCAAAUCUGCAGCAGCCUGAACAACCGCAUCAAGUCAAGUCAGAUCUGGAAUACCAGCAAUCUUCUCCAGCAUGGCGACUAUGAAAUGACUCUGAAUACCGUCUGGGAUUUGGCUUUCCGCCGACUUUCCAGAGACUCGAGGAAGUUGCUGGAAUUCCUUGCCUUUCUCGACCCUGACCAGGUUCCCAUCGAGAUGUUUGUGGGCUCCAAAUCCGCGGCAGACACUGCGGGCGGCUGGAGAUACUGGGACAGCGACAGAACGCCUCUCAGAUUUGAUGCGGCGAUCGAGCCCCUCCUCGAGCGGCAUCUUGUUGAUCGGUACACCUUGCCUGUCGGCCACUAUCUCAAGACACACCGAGCCCUGCAGCGUGCCAUUCUGCAAGAGCUUGAUGCGGACCUCCCAAAAAGACAGAGUGUGUUUGAUGAGGUCGUUUGCAUUGCGCGCAAAGCUUUUCCAGUGGCGAAUAUCAUCACACGGGGGGACACGAGCCAGUAUCAACGAAGCGCCCGGUACAUGAUCCAGGUCAUGAGCAUUCACGCAGUCUUCACCCAGUCUGACCCUCCAAUGGAAAAGAGACUUUUGUUUGCCAAGGUGCUGAGUGACGUGGGCUAUUAUGGCGUAAACAACGCGAUCCAGGCUGAAGCACUCAGUCUGCUCGAAACGGCCGACUCAAUAUGCACAGCGCUCCUGGCAUCCCAGCCCGACGAGGUUUAUCCUGUCCUAGGCGAUGUUCUAGGGCCCAUGCAGGUUCUGAUCCAGUACCUAGGCAUUGAAGGGAGGCACAAGGCGCUAUCCAUUAACGAGCGCGCGCUCUCUAUUCGCAAGAAGCAGAAGGGAACGGUUCCCCGUGACCAGUGGACCCAACUGGACUUUGUCAACUUCGGACGAACGUAUAACGACAUGGGCGUCGGCCUAUCUCAGCUGAAUCGGGUCCAAGAUGCAAAGCCAUGGUUCGACUCGGCACUCGAGUUCUACAAGCUCGCGGGCAACGAGCAAACCCUCACUUCUCGGUUUGGACAUGUAUAUUCCUUUCAGCUGCUCCCACUUGCUGUUGCUCAAAGAGGAACUGAGGUUCGGAAGCUCGCCGACCGCUCCGUGACCCUCAUCGCUGAAGCCGUCGGCGUGAAUUCUCCCCUUCAUCUACAAACUAAGUUCCUUGUGGCGACGGCCUUGUUUACCACCGGCGACAUUCAGGAAGCCCUUGGGCUGCACCAAGAGACUUUUGAAAAACGUCUGACUCUUCACGGCAGUAGUCAUCACUUGACCUUGGCAAGUCAGUACUGUCUCGCCGUAUGCUAUCAGAACAUCGGAAACUUGGAAAAAGCCGAGGCUCUUUUGAAAGAAAUUCUCACAAACAGUUGCGUCACAAUGGCCUGGCGGGAUGAAGACAUCCUGAGGACAAAAUUUAGACUGUUGCUUGUACUUCAGGCUCGGAAGUCGGAGGAAGGGCCCAUAGAGGAGAUCCACGGCGAAAUUGCCUCCAGCGUCAAGGAAGCCCGACGGUCAUUGCCAGCCCUGUCGAGCUAUACAGAUGAGGAUGACAUGAAGCUGGUUGAUUUUGGUGUAUCCAUUUUCCAUGGCCGUACGACGGGAAUCUGGAGUAAUGGCAUAUUCUGGUAG